UUUGUCUUGUGUCAAGCAGCCAUGCAACCAUCCACCCUGGGCAUCUGUCUCCAUGCAGCUGCAGGUCUCCAGAGGGGGAGGGGAGACAAUAUUUCUGCUGGUGGGCCUUGUUUACUUUCUUCUGGACAAAAAACAAGGAAAAAAAAAAGAUCUUGAAGUCGCUGCACUGUAACAUUGUGUUAAACACAUUAGUACUUUGCCAAGUAGUGCAAUGGGCCAGAUCUGCCUGUAAUUUAAAGUUGUAUAAUUGGGCUGCAAUCUGUAACCCUCACUUGUUAUAAUGAGAAAUUACUCCCUUGUGGGAAAAUUAUAUCCUGGUGAUACUGUUUCUUAAAAAAAACCAAAACCACCAAACAAUAAAAAACCUAAACCAAACAACUCAAACUACAAAACAUUCUUAAAUAUUAUUCAGAAACAUGAACUAGAUGACUUCCCAAAGCCCCUUCCAGCCCAACUUAUUCUGUGUUUCUGUGCUGCUGCUCUUUGUUCAAACAGUACUUUGCAGGAUGGAGUCACAGUUUCUAAGUGAAGCAGUGAUGCAGCCUGGGGAGCAGGGGAGGUGGAAGUGGAGUUAUACGCACUCACAAGAUUGAUGGUGUGUUAUAGCGCACACAGGAUGUGUUCCUGUCAGCCUGGAGUACUGAAACAGCUUCAGCCCUUCUUUCCUCUCUGUUGCAACCCCAAAUCUUCCUGAGCACUACUAUCACACUACAGAGCACAUGAAAAUAGGCACUGGUGGAGAAGCUGAGACACUUAACUUAAGACCUACAGUUUUAUGCUUGUUUGACUUGCAAAACAGUAGCCCACCUCUUCAGGUCUUCUAACAGCGUGAAACCUAAUCAAACAGUGUUACUACCUUUUGGUACUGGAAUAAUGGCUGCUGUAGAAGUUGUCGAGAAGAAGCAAAAUUAUACUAGUGUGCAUGAAGCAGUGAAAGCUGGUGAUGUAGAACAGCUUGCAUUGAUGAUUAAAAGUGGAGCUGGUGUUAACGAGGUGGAUGUAGUCCACAAAUUCACACCCUUGCACUGUGCUGCCCACUCGGGAAGUCUGGAGUGCCUUCACUGGUUGCUCUGGCAUGGAGCUGACACAACUCAUGUGACUGUCAGAGGCUGGACAGCGGCUCACCUUGCGGCCAUCCGAGGGCAGGAUGCCUGCAUGCAGGCUUUAUUAAUAAAUGGAGCAAACACAGAAGCUCAGGAUGACCGUGGGUGCACGCCAGCACACUUGGCUGCAGCCCACGGGCAAUCCUACACCUUGCAGACCAUACUGAGAAGUGGAGCGAAUGUAAAUGUUUCAGACAGGAAUGACUGGAAACCUGUUCAUUAUGCUGCUUUUCAUGGUCGUUUGGGGUGUUUGCAGCUUCUUGUUCGAUGGGGAGCAUGUAUCGAUGAUGUGGAUAACAAUGGAAACCUUCCAGCCCACCUGGCAGCAGUGGAAGGACACUUGCAUUGCUUUAAGUUCUUGGUUGGGAAAAUGGCCAGUGUCACACACACACUGAAAGCCAGGAAUGACCAAGGAGAGACUCCAAGGGACUUGGCUGAACAGUUCCUUAAAGAUAAUAUUCUGCAAUAUAUUGAUGGUAUGGAAAAAGAGGGGGAGCAUCCAGAGGCACAGGAAGGUUUAGCUUUCCCAGCUCAUGACGCUGCUUUCAAAGGGGACUUGUUAGUGCUUAGAAGAUUAGUGAGAAGUGGAGUAAUCAAUAUCAAUGAGCGGGAUGAUAAGGGAUACACUCUCAUGCACAAAGCUGCUGAACAGGGGCAUAUCCAUUGCUUACAGUGGUUGAUUGAAAUGGGAGCUGACUGUGACAUUACAAAUGAUGCUGGAGAGACUCCAAAGGAUGUAGCCAAGAGAUGUGCCCAUCUGGCAGCUGUGGAACUUUUGAUACCAAGAACUGGAGACAGUAACUCUAGUGAUGAAGAACUAGAUGCAAACAACAUGAAGUUUUUUGAAAGACAUGGUGUGGAAGGGAGUACAGAUAGCAAAGAAGAUUUAACCCUGGAUAAAGCAGAGAAAAGGAACGCACGGAUAAGGGCCUACCACAAGAUUCAAGAACUUCAGCAACUUCUAGAAAUUGCCUACAGCAACUACAGACAGCUGGGAGGGAUAACUGAAGAGGAGAGGAAGAUGAAAAGAGAAGAAAGGAAAGCUGAGAAGGCUGUGAGGGAGCUGGAGGCCCAGCUGGAGUAUGAGCGAGUCAGGCGGGAGAAGCUGGAGAGCCAGCUGGAUGACUACCGUGCUGAGAUAAGCCACCUUAGGGAGAGCCUGGAGAAAACCUGCAUCCCCCCUGCUGUCCCCAUGGAAGCUGAGACAAUUGCCAAGUCUUGCAAAGACAAAAAGAAAAUAAAGAAGCAGCCAGCCUGCAGCCCAGGAGGAGUGUUUGUGAGGCUACGCUGAGGAAUGACCCUCCAAGAGGGGCAGGAGACUGCAAAGGUAGAAAGGCAAUAUUCCAGACAAUGCAAAGUUUGCAUGGCCCAGCUGCACAGAUGAGUUGUGGUUCUCUGCCUUUCACUGAACUAUGGUUUUAGUUCUCUAGUUCUCUGAUGCAGCAGCAGAAAAUGUAGUUUAGCAACAGCUUUGCAAAUUAUAAAUUGACAUUUCAAGAGUUAACAGCAGCAAUGUCAUAGGCCCUCAUAGUUCUGAGAGAAGUACCUCUGUCUCCUGGUCUAUUUUGUACUGUGACCUUAAAAAGGAAAAAGUGCACAUCACCUCCUAGAAUAUUCAGAUAGGACCUUCAGCAUGGAAGCAGAAUACAGUCUCCAGGAGAAUUACUUUUCAGCUGCAGACAGGUACCAGGCACCUUGAUUUUUAUCUUCAAGUCAUUCCUAAAGAAGCCAGGAAGUGACUUCUUUGUGAGGUGCCAGAUGAACUGCAGCAGCAGGCCUCUAGCUCAGGGCUGAAGAGUUUACUAGGUUAUGGGGCACGUUGUGGUUAGAAAUGGCAACCCUGACCUCUCCUCCAUACCUAGAAAACAUUUAAUGACUACACCUAUAAAAUUUUUUCUCUCAUCUGUGUGCUAUUGUGAAGUUAUUUUCCCUUUGGAAGCCUCAUUUUGAGAUUAUUUUUUUUAGUGCUCAAGUCCUGAUAUGUCCUCUCCUUAAGUACCAAAGAAAACAAUCUCUGAGAAUUUCAGAGGUACUGAAAAAUAAAAAUCAAUGAUUUCUGUGCAUAGUGAAGGAGAAGCACACUGACUAACAGCAUAAGCCUUGUAUCAGAGCUAAAGUGUAGAAAUUCAGUCUCA